AUGGCGCCCGCCCGAGCCGUCCUCCUCGCCUUCCUCGUCGCUUCGCUUCUCCCGCUCGGGCAGGGACGCGGCCAUCAUCUGCCGGGGCACGGCCUCGUCCACCGCCACGGCCAGCCAGGGCGCGCCCACGCGGCUCACGCUCCCCUCGGCGGCGGCGCCUGGGCCUCCGCGCACGCCACCUUCUACGGCGGCGGCGACGCAUCCGGCACCAUGGGCGGCGCGUGCGGGUACGGGAACCUCUACAGCACGGGCUACGGCUCCAACACGGCGGCGCUCAGCACGGCGCUCUUCAACAACGGCCUCAGCUGCGGCGCCUGCUUCGAGGUGCGCUGCGACCCGGCAGGCACCGAGGCCGGCGCGCCGCACGCAUGCCUGCCCGGAUCCACCGUCGUCACCGCCACCAACUUCUGCCCGCCCAACUUCGCGCAGGCCUCCGACGACGGCGGAUGGUGCAACCCGCCCCGGGCCCACUUCGACAUGGCGCAGCCCGUCUUCCAGCGCAUCGCGCUCUACCGCGCCGGCAUUGUGCCCGUCUCCUACCGCAGGGUGGCGUGCCAGAAGAAGGGCGGCAUCCGCUUCACCAUCAACGGCCACUCCUACUUCAACCUGGUCCUCGUCACCAACGUCGGCGGCCCGGGGGACGUGCACGCGGUGGCCGUCAAGUCCGACCGCUCCGCGGCCUGGCAGGCGCUGUCCCGCAACUGGGGCCAGAACUGGCAGAGCAACGCGAUGCUCGACGGCCAGCGCCUCUCCUUCCGCGUCACCGCCGGCGACGGCCGCUCCGUCGUCUCCAACAACGCCGUGCCGCACGGCUGGUCAUUCGGCCAGACAUUCAGCGGCGCCCAGUUCUGA